CCGGGAUUAGCGCGGCGAGCGGAGCGGAGCAAAGCAGAGCGGCGGCGCCAAGCGGCCAAUGGCCGGCCCGCUUCCCUCUCCUUCCCCGCCCGCCGGAUCGGGGCCGUCGCGGCCGUCCUCCUCCUCCUCCCCGCGGCCGGGGGCCGGCGUCUGAGCGCCCGCCGCCCUCCUCCUCCUCCUCCUCCUCGCCAUGUCGGAGCCGGCCAUCCCCACGCUGGUGCGCCUGAGCGUCUCGCUCAAGAUCCAGCCCAACGACGGGCCCGUCUUCUUCAAGGUGGACGGGCAGCGCUUCGGGCAGAACCGGACCAUCAAGCUGCUCACCGGCGCCAAGUACAAGGUCGAGGUGGUCGCCAAGCCCGGCGGCGUCCAGGCCACGACCAUGGUAAUUGGGUCGGUGACGGUGCCCCUGGAAGAGAAGUCGCGAGACGCCCAGAUGGUGGUUUACAGCGGCAUCUAUGAUACCGAAGGAGUGCCUCACACCAAAAGCGGAGAGAGGCAGCCGAUACAGGUCAUCAUGCAGCUCACCAACAUCGGCACCUUUGAAACCGUCUGGCAAGUCAAGUUUUACAACUACCACAAGCGAGACCAUUGCCAAUGGGGGAACAGCUUUGCCUCCAUAGAGUACGAAUGCAAGCCCAACGAGACGCGGACCCUCUUGUGGAUCAACAAAGAGAGUUUCCACUAAGGGGGAUGCAGUCGGUGUGGCGGGACUGUCUCUUGGCAGACCAGCAACCAGCACACCCGGACAAUCUCUUGGUCAAUGAAAACCAGCACAAAGCCUUAUCAGAGGCAUUCUGCGGAGAUACUUGCGCUUUAUGGCAAUCCAAAAUAUAAUGAUUUGGGGGAGGAGUUUUGUUGGGGUGGGAAAAUUUGCUUCUGAUUACCCACGUAAAAAGGGUGUUCUUAGGCUUCGAGGUCUACCCCUCCGCAAUUCGGCAGUGUUCCGUACCUGAGAGCCAGUUUGGUGUAGUGGUUAGGAGCGCGGACUGUAAUCUGGGAG